AUGGAUACAAGGCAGCUGCUUGAGGCUUCUCAAACUGGAAAUCUCCCUCUUUUGCAUCAACUGCUGACAGAUGAUCCACAGCUUCUACAUAAUGCUUCGCUAGCUUCCGGAGAGAAUCCCUUGUAUGGUGCUUCCGCUGCUGGUCAUGUGGAAUUUGUCAAGGUGGUUCUAGAGUUGAAACCAUCUCUUGCAAAAGAAUUGAGCAAGGAUGGCUUUAGUCCCAUGCAGGUGGCAUCUGCCAAUGGCUAUCUAGAGAUUGUAAGGGCUCUGCAGAGAGCUGAACCUGAAUGCUCCCAGGUUAAAGGAAAAGAUAAUUGGACUCCAUUGCAUAAUGCUGCUAGGAGAGGCAGGGUAGAUAUUAUCCGAGAAAUAGUUUCGGCUUGUCCACAAAGUGUUGAAGAUGUGACAGUACAAGGGGAGACUGCGCUACAUGUUGCUGUUAAGAACAGCCAAUUUGAAGCAAUAAGAGUCCUGUUGGAAUUGGUGCGAGAAAUGGACAAGUUGCAUUUCCUGAAUAUGAAGGAUAAUCUUGGCAACUCGAUUCUUCAUCUUGCAACUUGGAAAAAGCAACACCAGGUGGUGGAAUGGCUAGUUGGCACUGCAACUGCUUCAGCAGGUGUGUUGGAAGUAGACACUGUAAAUCAGAGCGAUCUCACUGCUCUUGAUCUGCUGCUGCUUUUCCCUAGUGAAGCCGGAGAUAGGGAAACGGAGGAGAUUCUUCGUGGUGCUGGAGCUUUGAGAGCACGAGAGAGAGUCCAGUCUAGUUCUGAUGUAUCUUCAUCUGGUCAAAACCAUAACCAGAUGGCAUCAGAGACUCAUCAACAGCUGCCACAUAGCGUGGCUUCCACAGCAGCAGAUGUAGUCCAGUCUAGUUCAGAUGUACCUUCACUUGGUCAGAAUCAUAACAAUAUAGCACCACAGGCGCAUCAAGAGCAAGUGGCUUCAACAGCAAUAGAUAUAGCCCAUCCUCUUUCUGAUGUACCUUCACUUGAUCAGAAUCAGAACCAAAUGGCACCACAAACCAAUCAAGAGCAGCCAAAUAAUGUGGCUUCGACAACACUAGCUCUAGUCCUUCCCAUUCCUUCUGAUGAAAGCAUUGGCUCUCCUAGUCAGAACCACACUCAAGUGGCAUCACAGACUCCUCAAGAGAAGCAAGAAGAAGAUUUGACAGAGUUCUUCAAGUUCAAAAGGGGAAGAGACUCUCCUAGUGAUGUACGUACGGUACUGUUAGUAGUAGCUGUAUUAGUGGCUACAGCCAGCUAUGAAAUUGCACUCAAUCCUCCAGGUGGUCUUUGGUCUGACACAAACUUGAGCAAAAAUGGGACUGAGCCACCACACCUUGCAGGGACUUCCAAUAUAGCUUCUUAUUAUCCAUUAUACUCCAUUUUUGGAGCCAUUUUCAACUGCAUUGGGUUCUCAGUUUCUCUUCAGAUGAUCUAUAUCCUUACAACCGGUUUCCCUUUGCGGUUGGAGCUUAUAGUGUGUGGCCUUGCAAUGUACGCAACCUACAUCAAUGGUUUGCUUACUAUUUCUCCAGGUGAGGGCCCAGGUUGGUACUUAUGGUUUAUACUUACGCCAGCUUUACCUCCGGUGAUACUAUUUCCUACCAAAAAGGUUAUGAAAUUUAUCAUGAAGCGCAUAGAACUGCGAAACCAAGGUGGUGAUGAUGAUACUGUGGAUCCAGUUUAG